ACUGUUUACGUGAGAUUCUUGAUACCCUCUUCUGAUUUUGGCAGAUUUCUGAGAUCCAUUUCAGAUUUCCAUGGGUAUUCUGUUAAUACCACACAAUAAGUUUGAAUUGCUACACCCACUUCAUGGGUUUCCAGAAAAACGAAAUCUUGUAUGCGCUUCAAAAAGUCAACGCCAGUUCAGCUUCGGUACCAAGAGGUCUCAUCGGAUAUGGUGGAGAAAUGGUUGUGUUAGGUCCCGAGGUCAUGCCAUCUUCGAGCUUGUUCCGGAAACCCAAAAAGAGAAUCUUGAGUUCGAGCUUCCCAUGUAUGACCCAUCAAAGGAUCUGGUUCUGGACCUUGCAGUUGUUGGGGGAGGUCCCGCAGGACUUUCUGUUGCCCAACAGGUCUCUGAGGUAGGCCUCUCUGUUUGUUUAAUUGACCCAUUUCCAAAAUUGAUCUGGCCAAACAAUUAUGGUGUCUGGGUCGAUGAGUUUGAAGCCAUGGACCUGCUUGAUUGCCUCGACACCACCUGGUCUGGUGCUGCUGUGUUCAUCGAUGACCAGACUCAUAAAUAUCUGGAUAGACCUUACGGUAGAGUUAAUAGAAAGCUGCUGAAAUCGAAAAUGAUGCAGAAGUGCAUAUCAAAUGGUGUUAAGUUUCAUCAAGCCAAGGUUAUUAAGGUUAUUCAUGAGGAAUCCAAGUCUCUUUUGUUUUGCAAUGAUGGUGUCACAGUCCACGCAUCUAUAGUUCUUGAUGCCACUGGAUUCUCGAGGUGCCUUGUUCAAUAUGAUAAGCCGUAUAAUCCUGGGUUCCAAGUGGGUUAUGGGAUCUUAGCAGAGGUGGAAGAGCACCCCUUUGAUUUGGAUAAGAUAGUUUUGUUAGAUUGCAGAGAUUCACAUUUAACCAACAAGAAAGAAUUGAGAGAGAAUAAUAGUAGGAUUCCCACAUUUCUGUUUGCAAUGCCCUUCUCAUCCAAUCGGAUUUUUCUAGAAGAGUUUUCUACAGUUGCUCGACCUGGAGUACCAAUGGAAGAGAUACAGGAAAGGAUGGUGGCUAGGUUGAGAGGGUUAGGUAUAAAAGUGAAAAGCAUUGAAGAAGAUGAGAGAUGUGCUAUUCCAAUGGGUGGUACCCUUCCUAUGCUCCCUCAGAGGGUUGUAGGAAUAGGUGGAACUGCUGGUAUGGUGCACCCAUCAACUGGUUAUUUGUUGGCAAGAACUCUUGCAGCUGCUCCAAUAGUUGCAGACUCUAUAGUUCAGUACCUUAGCUCUGAGAGAAAGCUUUCAGGAGAUGAACUGUCUGCGGAAAUUUGGAAAGAUUUAUGGCCCAUAGAGAGGAGGAGGCAGAGGGAAUUCUUCUGCCUCGGUAUGGAGGUUUUGCUUAAGCUUGAUUUACAAGGCACAAGGAGUUUCUUUGAUGCAUUUUUUAAUGUAGAGCCACAUUACUGGCAUGGAUUCUUGUCAUCUCGAUUGUUUCUUCCUGAGCUUAUAUGUUUUGGGCUUUCUCUGUUCUGUCAUUCCUCCAAUACUACUAGGAUAGAGAUGAUGACUAAGGGCACAGUUCCUUUUGUAAACAUGAUUGGCAACUUAGUACAGGAUAGAGACUAGAAUGGAAGAUUUCCAUUUGGCAUCUAAUGUUUUCUUUCUGCAAC